AUAAAAAUAAAACACCAUCUGAAAGUUUGAUAAUUACAGAUAUGCAAACCGCUAUUGCAGAUAUAGGUGGUCCUGUAUUUCAUUAUACUACAGUGAGUUUGGGUAUUGUAGAUCUAUUUGGCAUACAAGUUACUUCAAGUCCCCAACUUACUGCUGCUCUAUCAUAUGAAAUUAUUGCGGAUAUAACUGGGUAUGAACGUUAUAAUGGAAAUAAUACUGAAUAA